CAGAAAUUUUUUAGUAAGAAAAUCAUUUCAAGCCAAGCGAACAAGAUUUAUAUAAUUUUAUCGUUAUACUUUUAAAUAGAAAGUAUAUAUAUAUAUAUAUAUCAAGGAAAAUUUUAAUAACAUGAGCUUAGCAUAUCUUUUAGAAGCAGCAAGAAUUGUAGAACAAAGAGAAAGCAACGACACGAACGUAAAAUAUUUAUCUCUGGGAAUAAGAAAGGAUAGAAAGUACGCAAAACGAUCUCAAACAUAUAGAGCUACACAUAACCAGUUGGAAAAAAAUAGACGAGCCCAUUUACGGGACUGUUUGGUUUCACUAAGAGAUUUAGUACCGUGCUCUCCUGACACAAACAAAGUGACUACACUUAGCUUGCUUCAAAGUGCUAAACAAUACAUAAAGGUCUUAGAGAACCAUGACAUAGAAUCUCAAGCCGUUAAGAGAACUUUGUGUGUGGAACAGCAAAGGUUACGAAAGCAACUUUCUAGUUUAUUAAACAGUUUCACAAAUGGGUCUAGUGUUGUUUUGUAUAAGUCUGACACAUCCACUUCUUCGAAUUCAUCUUGUGAAGAAGAUAUAGAUGUCGAAAAUGACGAUGAAACUGGGUAUGGGAGUGCUGAUGACAGUGCUUCAACUAUAUCAGGAAGCAGUCUGAAUAGUGUACUAUAAUAUCAUAGCUCAUAAAUAUAUUUUUGCUAUUAAAUUUGAGAAAUUGUAAGUAUUCAGAGAAAUUACUUGAAAAUAAAGAAUAUUGUAUUUAUGUAAGGUUUAUAGAGCAUGUUUCGUGUGUAUGAUUAGGAUUUGUCUUUGUUAGCAGUUAGACAUUUUUAGUGUGUGUUUUGUGAAAAUGUAUAUCACCAUAUGAUUGGUAAAACCUCCAGUCAUUCACAUCAAAAUCUGCUAAUUUCAGGUUAGUCACCACAGAAAUAGAAACAUUACAUUCAUUUUGAAUACAAUUGUAAUUACAUUUUUGGUUCCACCUUAAAACGUACCCACAUUGAUACUAUUGAUACAUUAUGAUGUAUUAAUGGUUGCUAAACUAUUUUGAAAUUGAUGGCUUGUUCCAUUCACUACUUUUCAUUUUAAUCAAAUAACAUUAAAUAUUUAAGAAAUCCUGUGGUGUCAAUUUUUCUUUUUAUUGUUAAAGUUUAAUGCAGGUACUGGAAAUGGUGCAAAAGGUGUUUUGCUUUGUUUUUUGUCUGUGCUUCUCAUUAUUGUAACUUGUGUGUGCAUGUUUCUAUGAAACACAAAUUUAGCCUCAAGUAUUUUUUCAACCAAUGUUAAAAGUGUAAAUUUUCCAUUUAAUUUAUCUUUUUGUAACAGAAUAAUCUAGAAGUGCUUUAUUGUUUGUCACAUUAGAAUUUGGGGUUUUGUCCUCACUGUUUAUAACAUAUUUAACUAAAUCAAAAAGGGCUGCUAAUGUAAUGUGUAUGUUUUAGUAGUUCGUUUGUCUAAAGUUACACAUUACAUUAUGGCUUUGGACAACACAUAACUUUAUCAGCUAGAAUAUAUAUUUGUACAUUCUUCAUUCCUUUGUUUGGAAUUAAAUCAUCAACUUGUCAAUUUUUUAGGCAAUAUUGUGUACAUUAAGUAGGCGCCAGGAAUAUGAAUUGACAAUUUUGCCAAUGCUUAUUUUUGGCUUGUAAAUAUUUGCAAAUGUUUGGAUAGUAAAACCUGGAGAGGGCUGCAUUGCAGCCAUUCCUUGUUUUGUUAUUGCAACAUUUUCAAUUCACUGUAAUUUAUUUAGCAAACUUUAUUUUGUUCCAUAUAAUAUUUGAAUCUCUUGUAAUUUAUUUAGUUGUUUUUUUUGUUAGAUAUAAUGAAAUAAUGAGGUUGGAAUGUUAUUUUCAUCAAGUUUCUCUAAUUUUUAUUGCUAUGAAUUAUUGUAUUGCUAUUAUAUGCACACACACACUGGUGGAUUUAUAAAUCAAUUUUAAAAUUUCUGUUUAAAUUAA